ACACGCGUACCACUUGACUGAAAAUAAGCAAUUCUAGUGGCUUGAGUGUCCGGGCACACCAUCUAACCAUGGAGCUAUUAACAGUCAACCGUUGCCUUGUCCCCCAUGGUCGACUCGUCGAGUCCGUAAUUCGCAUCGCUCAAGGGAGCGAAAAGCUCGUUCACAAAAUGCCAGUGUGAUUAAUUUUGCAUUUUUGCUCCCUUUCUCUAGUAUCAUUUCUAUCUGAUGCAUUAAUUGAACCUACUUUUGGACGUAGAAGAUUGAGACGUGGAGUUAUAGCGAUAGAUAGAACGACCGAUAGACAGGGAGAGAGAGAGUGGGAAGACUUGGUGGAAUUUGGUCCGUGUAUGAAACGAAGGACACAGGGCUGAACACCGAUGCUUUUUCUUUUCAUCCUUACCCUCUUGCCGAGACCUUCAAAGUUUCAUUCUUUCAGCUGUCUUCGCUAGUCAGGAAUCUUCAUCUACUGCAGAGCUACUAAGUGCGGGCGCGCCUGUGCGCCCUUUGAUCUUCCUUGAAUGGCGGAGGAGGAAUCGCCUUCGUCUCCUACUGUAUUGAGCAUGGAGGGUCUUGACGAUGUGGAAGACUACGUUUCGGCAUCUGAACCGGAGGGUUUGGCAAGGGAAACAUACCAUCAUUUAUAUGAGCUUAUGCAGAAUGGCAAUGUGGCAUUUCGGGAUGACCGUAUGGAAGAGGCGAUCAACUUUUACUCUAGAGCAAAUAGCAUCAGGACUGGUGAUCCAGUCAUACUCAAUAACCGAAGUGCGGCUUAUAUCAGAAUUAGCCAAUUUUUAAAACACAGACCUCCAUCAGCUUCAGAAUAUAGUCCGUUGAGUGGGCUUGAUCCUACAACACAUGCUGAACUUGGUUUGAAGGAUGCUGAGAAGCUUGUCAACAUCCGAAGUACUUCAGUAAAAUCAUACCUUUUGAAGGCCAAUGCUCUUUUUCUGCUGGAGAAAUAUGAGAUGGCUCGGGAUGUUAUUCUUUCGGGCCUUCAAGUUGAUCCAUAUAGUAAUUCUCUACGGGUGUCUCUUUCAAACCUGGAAAGAGCAUUGGCUAGCUUGGCGAGGAUGAGUAAACAUGGACAGCCAGAGCGCUCUGAUGACUUUGAUUGCACUCUUUGCCUCAAGUUGCUUUAUGAACCUGUUACAACCCCUUGUGGACAUUCUUUUUGCCGGUCAUGUCUAUUUCAGUCAAUGGAUCGUGGCAACAGGUGCCCGUUGUGCAGGACAGUUCUGUUUAUUAGUCCUAGAACAUGUUCCGUGAGUGUGACAUUGAAAAACAUUAUACAAAAGAAUUUUCCGGAGGAAUAUGCUGAAAGGAAGCAAGAGAAUGACAGUUUGAGCAACCUGGGCCUAGAUUUGAUCCCUCUCUUUGUCAUGGAUGUUGUCAUUCCAUGCCAAAAGUUUCCACUCCAUAUAUUUGAACCCCGUUAUAGACUGAUGGUAAGAAGAAUAAUGGAAGGAAAUCGUCGGAUGGGAAUGGUUAUAAUCGAUUCUGAAGCAGAUUCCCUGGCUGAGUUUGCCUGUGAAGUGGAAAUUACUGAGUGUGAACCACUUCCGGAUGGACGUUUCUAUAUAGAGAUUGAAAGUCGUAGGAGAUUUCGCAUCAUCCGAUCAUGGGAUCAAGAUGGGUAUCGUGUUGCAGAGGUCGAAUGGAUUCAGGAUAUUAUGCCAUCGGAAGGUAGAGAGAGAGAAGAUUUACAGGAAAUAACAAAUAAUGCGGCAGAAAGUGCUCGAUCAUGGAUCAGAAGGGCUAAAGAAGCAGCAGGACAAGAUCAAAGACGACUCGAGAGACUGUUGAAUGUUGAAGUGAUGAUGCCCCCGCCACAAGACCCUGAGCGCUUCAGUUUCUGGGUGCUUUUCGCCUUCUCUGCAAUAAAAUAUAUAUGCUACCUCUUCUUGCUACCUUAUCAAACCGGAGGCCUUCAGAAAAACUUGAUCUCCUGCGCUUGAGAGAUACCAAAGAGAGGAUCAGGCGGGGUUUGAUAUAUCUGCGAGCUGAGGAGCAAGGGUGCAGAAUCCAGUAAAUGGCAGGCUCACACUAUUAUGUAAUGCCAGUUUUUAUAGAUAUAUAUAUAUAUAUAUAUAUAUUGUUCCAAAGUCAUUCAAUAUUCUUUGGCCUCAUGAAUGGCAUUAAUGAGGUCAUUUUUGUUGUAAGUUGCCACAUGAACACAUGAAGCUAAACCCAUCGUUUUUACUGUACUGUGAUCAGGCAUUUUUUGAAUUGUGC